AUGCAUGUCCUCCUUGGCUCUACUACCCUUCACAAUUACAAUCUUCUUGACCUCGUGCUUGACACCCCAUUUGGAGCUGCCCCCUCCCCUCCCGUAGCACCCUCUUCCCCCCCUCCUCCCGACCCACCCGCUCCCCCAGGCCCUCCUCCCACAGCUCCACCUACGCCCUCCCACCACGAUGACCCCGACCGAUGGGCGCGCACUCUUCGCGACUACACUCGCGACCACGCCACCUACGUCCUCGCCGAUGCGGCUCACAAGGACGCCCUUGCUGCUUACACCACCGCCACAGCCGCAUCAGCCGAUGGCCACGGCACUCCUAGCAGCGGCUUUGGCGGAGGACGCGGUGCGGGACGUGGUGGUCGUGGUGGAGGCGGUCGCUCCACUCCUCGCCAAGGUGGUGGCCGUGGUCCUUCCCACCUCCCCAAUCCCUCCUCCACACACCCUCCCCACCCCGUACCCCCCUUUUCCCCCUCCACUCGCAUCCCCUGUUUUUCCCCAACCCCCUCCCCCCGCCCCUUGGUACCCUUUACAAUACCCCCCCUACCCCGUCUACCCCCCGACCCCUCCCCCUCCCACUCCACCCACUGA